AGUUCAAGUUGAGCGUUGAGUUGAGAUGUGUUGAUCGGUUCGGCGGCGGUCGGAUCUGCUGGAGAGAUGCAUGAAUGAAAGUCCCCUCGCUCGCUCCACCCGGCGGACGGCGUUGAGCUGGCCCGUGAUCGUGUGCACUCUCACACGGGGACCCACACCGCGAGUGGAAGGUUCAGAGCGAGCGAGGGAUAGGCCCAGUUCGGAGGUAACCGUUGGAGCGAACGGGAUGGAUUUACAGAGAGUGUGGGGCUCGGUUAUGGCUAUAUUAAAAACAUGAAUACGUAAAAACGGGUGGUGUGGCGGUAGGAAAAUUUAAUAUUCGGAUGAUAUGGUGGGGAAUUAGGAAACAGGUAUCACAUAUAUAUAAAUCGGUGUACGUUCUGCAACCAGCAUAUCAUAUCCAAUCCUUGUACUCGGCGGUCAAGUCGUGUAUUUUGUCGUGUGUUUCGUUUGUUUGAUCCCGGCUGGAGUGCGUUUUCCACCGUUUUUUCGUGAAAAGACGUGAAGAAAAAGGGUAGUGAAAAACGAACUUUGAAACAGGAAGUGCUUGGUUGUGCGUACCUGAAAAAAGCAAGAGAAGAAGAUGGCGUUCAUUUACAAAGUUUUUGGAGUGUUAUGUGUGGUGGCAGUAGUGGCAGCCUUACCAGCAGAAGAUACCCGUACCUCGCGAAAUGCCAUCAAUACUGAGGGUGAUUUGAUGGGCAGUAUUUACAAGGAUUGCUUGCAGUCUGAUUCGGUGUCCUGUGUCAAGUAUAAGAUCUUCAGCUUCUUCGACAAGGUUGUGGCCAAGCGUAGCACAUUCUCGUUAACUGAUGGAGUGACUGUUGUGCAAACCCCAGGAGUUGAAACUGAUGGAGCACCACGUUCUUUGAGCGGAGAUGAGUCCAUUGAGCAGUUGAUCCUGUCCCGUAUCCAGAGCUUCCUGUCUACCCACACCAUCAAGGUUGACCUGAAGGGUUCGGAUAUCGUUAAUGCCGUCACUUCGACUGGACGUGCCUUGGAAGAUGUGAGCGAAAACUUGUUGGAUGAUGGUGAAGAUGCCGCUGCUGCUGAAGGUCGUGGCAAGAAGAAGAAGGCCGCCAAGAUCCUGGGCCCACUUCUAUUGGCUGUUGCUCUGAAGGCCGCUGCCCUUCUGCCACUGCUGUUGGGAGCUAUUGCUCUGAUCGCUGGUAAGGCUCUGCUCAUCGGCAAGAUCGCUCUGGUCCUGUCUGCCAUCAUCGGACUUAAGAAGCUGCUGUCCCAGGAGAAGCAUGUCACCUAUGAAGUCGUUGCCCACCCACACCACACCACCAGCCACACUUCGAGCCAUGGUGAUGCCUACUCGCUGGGAGGAUCUUAUGGAGGUGGUGAGACCGGAUACGGAGGUGGCAGCUCUGGACACGGUGGUGGCUGGGGACGUUCCAUCCAGGAUGCCCAAGACUUGGCCUACGGCGCCCAGAAGCCUUAAGAAGCAACGCCAACCGCCAACGGACCUGGAAACGAUAGUCGAAACAUUAGUUACACAAAAUACGCAACUGAUUGCAAGUGUACUCCUUAGAGGAGUUUACUCUUAAGCCCGAAGUACCGUCCAAUACUCGUGGCAUAUCGCCCGGAUGUGCCUUUCAUAGUUUUGGGCUCAUUUUUGCCUUUAUUUAUUUAAUUUAUUUAGACGAGAUUUGUUUUGCCGACUUAAAUUAAAUUAUUUAAAGAACCGCCCUUCAAAUCAUUCGUAUUCGAGUAAGCGUUAGGAAGUAAUCGUAAUUUAUUUAGCCAACCGAGAAGCAAACCAAGCAGCAAAGCAGAAAGAAAAUUAGAAAAAAAAAAUCUAAACCAGAAUGCACUAUUUUGAGUGUAAGUCGAGAAUCACGAAGAAAUCUACACUUUAUCAUGUCUCUCUUUCUUCAAACAAUCUUCUCUAAGAUAUAGCUAGCUGUUUAGCACUGUAACUAUUAAGGACUCUCAAGACUCUCGCUUCCCCUCUGUAUUAUUCUAUUGUACUAUAAUUUAUUCUAUUCUUCUUUUACUUUAUCUAUUUCUGUCUCGAGUCUGUAGAACCAAACCUUAAGAGUUCAUUUUAUAGCUUUCUCCUCAAACGUUCCUGUAGUUAUCUCUUCUCUCGUGUCGUAGGAAAUUAUUCCAGAAGAAAAGAAAACGAAAAUAGCAGCCAAUUAGUUUAACUAAUCACCAAAAACGACCAACGAAAUAAAACAUGCUCAAGUUGAUGAUGAAUUGAAAAAAAAAAA